UCGACUUUCGUUGCGGGUCGCUAGCUUUUUCACACAGAUCUGGGGUCAAAAUGUAGGAAGUGACAGUGUACCAGCAGAAAGAACGUUUGCCGCACUGCGAGAAUUUCCGUCUUGCGCCUGGCUUAUUCGUUUGCAGGUGCAUGUUUGCGCUCGUACAGUUCGCUUAAAUUAAGUUGGGCCAAUCACAUCGCAUACGUUCUUUGCAAGCACUCAGCCGUUGCUCUCAAACGCACUGUACCACUGGGUCGAUCAUAACUUGGAUAAUCAGCAGGACGCGCAAUAUGACAGGUGUACACCUUCUUUCAUGUUUGUUCCCGCAUGUUACUUGUAAAUUUACGUAUGCUGUUUUCUCUCACAGGUGAACGAUGGAGGAUCACGGUGUGGAGAGCCUGGCAGAGGUGUUCCGCUGCUUCAUUUGCAUGGAGCGACUGCGGGAUGCUCAUCUGUGCCCACACUGCUCCAAGCUUUGUUGCUACGCCUGCAUUCGACGCUGGCUGACGGAACAGCGGUCUCAGUGCCCGCACUGCCGUGCCUCCCUGCAUCUACAUGAGCUGGUCAACUGUCGCUGGGUCGAGGAGGUCACUCAGCAGCUGGACACCCUGCAGCUGAGCUCGGCUGCAGCGACAGCCACAACCACUGGAGAGGCUGCCAAGCCCGGUUCCCCCGAGCCGCGUGAUCAGGAGCGCUGUCAACACCACAAGGGCGAGAAGCUCAGCGUCUACUGCUGGAACUGCCGCCUCUGCAUCUGCCACCAGUGUGCCCUCUGGGGUGGAACGCACUGUGGGCAUGUGUUCAAGCCCCUGGAGGAGGUGCACGCACAGCAGGUGGCGGCCGUGCGGGAGCAGGUGGGAGCCCUGCGGCGCCGUCUGGUCCACCUGCUGGGGCUGGUGGCCCAGGUGGAACGCUCCGUGGAGGCUGUGCGACAGGCCAAGGACCUGCGUGUCCAUGAGAUACGCAACGCCGUAGAGCACAUGAUUGCGCGCCUGGAUGCCCAGUUGAAAGGGCGCCUGCUCUCCCUGGUCGCACAGAAGAAUGCCCUCACCCAGGAGACGGAACAAUUGGAGCAACUGCUACAGGCCGCCGAAGCACAGCUGAGCUCGUGCUCGCGCUCCGAGCUCAUUGCACGUUCACCGGAGAUUGUGCGCCGGCUGGGGGAGCUGCUGCAGCGGCAGCCCCCAUGCUCGCCCCCUCUGCUGCUCUUACCGGGAGGUGGCCAGGAGUUCCCCUCGGAGAUGGUGCCCCCAUACGAGUCGAGCGCCUUUCUCCUGCGCAACUUCUCGGUGCUGCAGCAGCGUGCUGACCCCGUCUACAGCCGACCUCUCACCACCUCGGGGCUUACGUGGCGGCUGAAGGUGUACCCGGAUGGAAAUGGUGUUGUGAGGGGAAACUACCUGUCUGUCUUUCUGGAGCUCACAGCUGGCCUGCCAGAGACAUCCAAGUACGAGUACCGUGUGGAGAUGAGCCACCAGGGAGGUGACCCCAGCAAGAACAUAGUGCGCGAGUUUGCCUCGGACUUUGAGGUGGGCGAGUGCUGGGGCUACAACCGCUUCUUCCGCCUCGACCUCCUCGCCUCUGAGGGCUACCUCAGUGGGGACACCCUCCUUCUGCGCUUUGAGGUGCGGCCGCCCACCUUUUUCCACAAGUGCCGGGACCAACAGUGGUACCUGGCACAGCUGCAGGCGCAGCAGGCCCAGCUGUUGCAGCAGGUGCAGCAGCUCAAGGAGUCCGCCCGUUUUUACCUGGAACUCAUGGAUGUGCACAGAAAACUGCCGAUGUCACUACCGCCAAGGAGGGAACCACCUCUACCAUCUCAGUGUGAAAGGACACGUGGCAGCCACUGCGGAGCUCCAUUACAUCGAAGGCUGGCUGCUGAAAUGGCAAAGAACGAGGCAAGCUCCUACACUUCGGAGAAUGCCGCUGAACAACCGGGCAGCACAGCUGAGUGUGCCGGUCCAAGUCGGACCGCAGAGCCAGAUUCACCCCAGUCGGACCUCCCCCCUGUGAGCCCCCAGCGACAGCAGGGCAUCUCCCUUGGUGCCACGGCUGCUAGUAAUAGCAGUGGCAGCCUGGAGCAGCAGAUUGCAGCCAACCUGGCUGCAUCAGUGGACACACUUACUGCAGAACUUUUGCGCUCCGGUCCACAGAAAGAUGUGUCCUGCCGUGCCAAAUCAGUGUCUACCAGGCAUCGGUGGGUAUCACGGGGCCUUGGAGACUCGUGUGAUGCUGACUCCUCGGGAACCGAGAGCAGUGAGUGUGCCAGCGAAGGAGAAGUGGACGGCAGGGUCACCAGACUUCAGGGAGGAGCCAGUGCUGGUUCCACCUUGGAUGAAAAUGACAUUGACGAGGAAACCAUGUCUGGUGACCGGGAUGUGGAACAUCAGCACGGCUCCCAUCACAGCGCCAGUGGUGGAGCCAGCGGCGCCAGUGGUGGCUGCUGCCACUGGUGGAAUCUGGGCGCCACGGGCAGCAGUGGGUCCACAGCCGGAGCCACGGCCGACCCCAGCCGGGAGGGCUGCUCCUCGGUGGCUGCCGCAUCCCGUGAGGAAGAUGACGAGUCGGUGCUGCUGCGCCUGCUCGAGCUGCAGGAUCGUCGGGGUGUGGCGGCAGCGGCGACACCACUGCACCAGUGUCGUUCGGGCUGGAGCCGCAAGGGAGCCUCUAAGGGCAAGCGGCGGUCUCGAGAGGGCUGCCGGCACUUGCUGCUGCUGUCACUUCUGUCCAAGAGCGGCCACAGCCGGUCGGCCUCCGAGCCGGGGCCUUCGUCGUGUGACAACCAGGUGGCGGCGCCGCUGGUGGAGGACAGCCCCCCUGAGAAGUCGGUGGCCGCCAACUACUCGUCUGAGCUGGAGCCCAUUUCGGAGUUGCUAAGCAACAGCCAGGAACUGUUUGCUGUUCCUGAUGAGUCGUUUGCUGAGCUGCCUCGCGUCACCUCACCCCAGCAGCUGCUCGCUUGUGUCAGUGACGUAUUGCCGAGACCACCCCAGUCAAAUCCGGAGCCAAAGCCAGCCAAGGACAGGAGGGGAUCACACGGAGAUGUAGUGGCUGCUACUUCUGGAGUUGCUCGAACGUCUACUCAGGGAAUCGCUGGCUGGCUUGCCACCCAGCAGGACGGCCGUGCCUCCCCUUCUGCCUUCGUCGCGUCGUCAUCCGGACAUUCGACCAGCACGGCCCGCUCUCUGCCCGCUUCGCCAUCUCUCCACGGAGCUGCCGCUGCAGCAGCGGUGACGGCGGCGGGUGUGGCAACGGCAGCUGUGACCAGUGGUGGGAAGAGCCACGAAGGUGGCCCCACCCGCGCAACGACUUCCAAGCCUCACCACGACAGCACCCCCCAGUGAAAACGUCUCAUUUACACUGCAUUUGUGUCUCUACACACCGUGUUUGCCGUCAGUCUGAUGUGCUCAUUCAUUUCUCGUCCGUCAUACCCAGUGCUGUGGCAUGCUCCCCUGAAAACCACUGGCCACUGUGCUAACAAAUGUGAGGAUAAACAGCGAGUGUGCAUGGUGAUCAAGCAAGGACAGUAAGCCACCCGAUGUCUGCACUCUGAGGCAAUACUAAGUCACUGUUUGCAGCUGAUGUUGCGGUCAACUGUGCUGCUGCAUGCCACUUUCUUGUAACUGGCAUGAUGUCGAGCAUUGGGUAUACCUUGGAUGCAAUGUUCUCUUGCUGAAGCUGGACGACGAAUCGCACUCGUACUGGAGGAAGAAGUUCAACCCUCGAUUGAGAGCUUUAACUGUACUCGCAUUGUGCAAAUCCAGAUGUGCCCGGAUUAAAACAUUAUGCUCCACACUGGACCUUUGUAGAAGCUGUUGCAGGCAGCUCGCAGAUAGCACAAUGUGUUCUAAAACCCCCAGUUAAAUGUAAGCUUUGAUGAUGGAGCGAAACUCCUUUGUAGAACCAAGCUGCUCUGACAUAUAAACAAAUGGAAAUGUUCACCCACUCUCAACCAGCCAUUGAAAAACAAAUUGUCCUUUGCCAUGCGACAAAAGAUGCUCCUGGUCAGCCAAUGGAACUUGCCAUAUGUUAAUUGAACUUCUAUCUUGACUUACAGUGAAGCCAUUAUGUGCUUCAGUGUGCUUUUCCCCAAGCGUUAAGCUGCAACGCGACAUGCUAGCUAUUAUGCAAUGCCUGCAUAAUGUGAUAAGGACAGGAAAAGAUGUUGCUUCACUAUGACAUUGAACAUUAUUUUGGUUUUAUUGUGGAGGGCUUGUUUGGAAUGGCUGUCACAUGAUUGGCUGCGAUAACCUGGCAGCUUUGAUGUGUUUUACAACACACCUUCUCUUAACCGGGGGAAGCGUGACUUGUUCAGCUUGAUUGUGCAAGUGCAGCUUGUGUUCAGGAGCAGCAGUUGGAAUGGGAACAAGUGAAAUAUAUGUGUCUGAAUUUUCACAUAAAGAAAAGGUCUCGGGGCAGCUCGACUGCCUAUGUUUUUGUUGAUAUCGAGGGUACCUUGAAUGGUAUGUUGUUGCUCUCUUUUGUGUGUACGUAGUGUUGUGGUCAACUCGCUGGCUGCCACAGCAGGCACAGUGGAUGGAUUGCCACCCAUCAAGGAAAAGCCAAAGCGAUUUCUGGGCAGCUUGUGGGCUGCUUUUCCUUAUUUUUCCUUGCAUGUAUGUCCAUGUUUCUGUUGUCUCUGGUGCUCCUUUUGUUCAUUCAUUUCAGAGUUUAAAGUUCCAGUCAAUACCUCAGUUAUGUGAAAAAUGUACAUUCCUUGGCUGAGAUACUGCCAGUCUGUGUGUCAAUUUUAUGUUACUGUACCAUACCUGAGCAUAGUUUAUGGAGAGGGCCGUCAGCAAUUGAACUACGGUGUAAGUUAUACAUGAUCUGAGCUCAUGUAGUGUGCCACUGUAUUAAUGGACAGGAGUUUGAGGAUUAUUUGGGGUAUGUUGUUUCAGCAAUCUUUCAUUGCUGAAUGAAGUAAUUGAGCAAGACAUAAUUGGGGCACCUUCAGAUGGGAGGCUUCCCUGUAAAAAACUUGGCAGUUCUGACGAGAGUUGUUUUAUUUGUAGCCAUGUUUUUUUGUGGCUGUGGUUCACUGUGCAUGUGAGCAGUGGGUGCUUGUGUCUAAUGGAAGCUCAAACUAUGUCCUGGGAAGAGCAAUGUGAAACUUAAUAUUGUCGUCGCAAGGUAAAAAUAGUAAGUGAUGUGAAAGUAGUGUGCCAACUACUGCCACCUUCUAGGCGGUUACACUGCUGUCAGUUGCCAACCUUGACAACUGGGUACAGCCAGUGCAACCGAUGUGUGAAGUCUGCUGCUGCUGCUGCCCCGAGUGUGUUGAGAGUGGCAUUGCGUGCCAGCAACUAAUAGUGGCAACUCGCACGAGAAAAGUGUACAGUCAUAUUUUUGCAAGUUUUGGAAGGUGGUGUGAAUAUAUCUUGGCAGCAUUUGUAAGUACGAGCAUGUCUAUCGUGUGAUGCAUCUCGUAAUUUUUAAAUAUACUAGCUGGCUAGUUCGAAGAUGUAGUAAGGCAUCAUGUUGAAGGCCAAGAAAUGAGCUGGUUGUUGCGUUUGUGCAAACACUCGGGAAAGUGCUUUGGAAGUUGGGUGCAAAAAGGUAUAGAUAUGUUAAAAAUUCUGUUUUCCAGCUGGACACAGUUCUUAUGGUGCCUGGCCAGGUUUUUCUUUCACAUUCCAAGUCGCAAUUGUAUGAAGGGAAACAAUACAAAGAAAAAACUGCAAGAUUAUGAAUUUGUUUGCUGUUCUGAAUGUUCACUUCUCGUUUAAAAAAAAUUGCGCAGUGAUACUGCUCAGUUUACAGCGAACUGCUGUGAAGAUACUGUUUGCAGGGAUAAGCAAGUAGUUGUAAUAGGAGGCAGCAUGACAGUUUUUUAGUGGAUGUAUUAAGAGUUAGGAUGUACUAAGUACAACACCGAAACAGGCUACCUAAGCGCAGGUUUUUUCCUAGAUGCUUCAUAGUAAUACGGUCGCAACUUUCUUGCAGAAAAUUUAAAUAUACUCUGCCCUAUGUUCUUUGCAUGGCAGUUUGCCAUUGUUUUAAACAUUUCCAGUUACCUGUUCAGGUCCACAGCUUUAACAUUAUGCAUUAAUUGCACUAGAGAGCAGUCGGUUGCAGAGACUCUAUAGGAAAGUGUGCAAUACCCGAGAUGUGAUAACUUUUUUUUUUAUUGAGGCACUUAUGAAUGUUUCAGCUUCUUCAAAAUGCUGAGAAAUGACAAUUAUACAAUCAGUUGAUGUUGCAGACCACUUCUUCAUAGGAGUUGCCCCAUCACUUACUCUUGGAGCAGUUGGCUUACGGUAUAUAUAGUGCCAUGGUAGUUAUGUGAAGAUGGGUUACAUGUACCCUAUAAAGUUCCUGAAGUCUGUUUACACAAAGUAAAUAGAUGAAACUUCCGCUUGCAGCUUCCUUUUGCAAAGCCCGUGAGCUUGAUUUCAGGAGGCUGUUGCUGCAAGUGUCUGCAGAGCUAGCAUGAUUUAGGCGCAGAGUUUGUGGAGAUGGAGGACUGUGUGUGCUUUCAAACUUCCUGGAAGAAAGUAAACCUCAAGUGAGCAUGUCUGUGAUGUGUCGGUGAAGGCUGGUCACCAUAACACCGUCGAACGUGAUCCACUGAUGCCAUCACUGAUGUCUGCUCAAGGAAAGCCAUUAUUGCGGCCAAGUCUUUGCACAUGAGGUGAACUCCGGCAUCCAUCUUGCGAUGGUAGUGUUUGGUGUUGAUCCAUUCUUUCACUCUUUACUCCAGCUGAUACUUCUUCUCUCACUACUCCAAGCCCGUGUAACCUCUGUGGCCUUUCUUGGAAACCAUCUCCGAGAGGUUGGCCCCUUGGCCGCACGUCUCGGUCGUCUCCGUUACUGCAUGCUCGUUUAGAAACGAUGAAGUCACGAUUGUCGCACGCACUUGUUUAGGGUCCGUCUCACUCUGGACCCCACCUUUGCAACAUUUAACACCUUGCAGGGCCUGCAGCAGCGUUCUAGACUCACUAAAGUCUUCAAUGUGCACUCAUACUGGUUAAUGCCUCAUCCAGUUAGUUUUUAAAAUUUCUUUGUAGACAGGUGUAUGCAGGUUCAUGUUGGAGCUCUAGAGCUCCAAUAGACUAGGUCGUGGUAGUCAAACUUUAAUACAUUCCCCUCCUCCCCCCUCCCCCUUUUUUCUUCGAAGUUUGGUUGGAACCUGUGGCAGUGAUAGGCUGUCGCAGCAAGGCUCAGGUUGUGGUUUUAAACAACAUACAGACAGUUGCCGUGUGGACCACCAAUUUAAUAGGCAGCGUUGCUACGGCCUCAUUUCUGUAGUCACUGCUGUGAAGGAAGCUACCUCUGGAUUGAGUUACACGAUCACGGUUAAUUUGCAGGUGAAGCUGGGUGCAGAUUUGGGCAAGUUCAUAUAGUAUCCAAAGGUGCAGUGCUGAACAGUAAUAGUGAUGUUAAGCAUGCUUGAAAGGAGGCAAUACUAACAACUGUCAUUUAUUGUAGCACAAAUAGUGUACAUGAAUUGUAACCACAGGUUUCGCAAUAAAUAGCAGUUGUUAGUAGCAUCUAGGUAUGUGCGUGCCUUGUUCACUGUCCUCAUGUGUUAGCACCUACCCCUUAUGUAGCAAGGCCUUGACUUUCCAUAAGGGUUCCAUGCUUUUUUUUGCCAUUCCUAGGCCUUCAGGCACUCGUAUUGUAAACCUUAUGUUCUUGUAUCAUAUGAUGAUUGUCAACUUUCUUAUCUGUUGCACAGUGUACUUGGUCUGUUUCUUUGUCUUGAUAGGUUACUGUAGCUGUAGUCCGAGUCUAGUGUAUACAUCUCGUACCUGCAUUCACCAAGCAACAUUCCAGCUUGUGCUUUGUGGCACAUGAUUUCUGUAUUGCGUGUGUGUGUGUGUGCCUUUCUUUUUUCGCUCCUGCAGUGCAGAAUAGAGUUUUGUUCAACAUUCUAUGUAUUUAUUUCGUAGUAAUAGUAUCAAUAAAUAUUGUUGGCCCCAAGUG